GAAACAGGGCACAUUGGCACCUGGCAGCCGGGACAGACGUGCUCAGUUUGGCUUUUACAAGGUGGCUGCCUGGUCAGAUGUAAAGGAAUUUCAGGGUCCUUCCCCCUGGGGGAUGUUGUUCAGGUUAUUGGUAGAAAUGUUUGUAACGGUCCUUCAUGGAGAAAACGAAAAGACCCUUUUUAACAUUCACUGCAAAGUCCAGCUUCUCCUGGAGAGCAUCAAACACUGCUGUGGCUAUGAGAAUGAAGGUGAAAUCGAGCUGGCAGACGUGAGUGGCCAGGUGAAGAAUUUGCUUCAGAACCAACAUUGCUAUGCCUCAGAGCUUCUGAGCGAGAGAGAGACCUGUGUACUCCUCGGUGUCACACGUGGUGAAGGUUCUUCAGAGGUAAUAUUUACACCACUACUGAAAGAUGAAGGCGUUAUUAACCCUAAGUUCCUUGGUAAGUAG